UGCUCCGUGUCUCGUUGCCUCUACACAGCAGCAGCAGCUAGCGCCGGUCCAUCGCGAUCUCUCACCAACAAACAACUACUAGAAGGAAGGAGCUCUUGGUUACUCAAGAUGGAGCACGGCGAGAGGAGGAACGGCGCCCACGAGGCGGCGCUGAGGGCGGUGCAGAGGGCGCCCGCCAAGCCGUGGCGCGGUGCCACGGGCGCCGGCAGCUUGCCGCCGGCGCCGCCCAAGGUGUACCGGGUGGAGCCCAGGGGCUUCCGGGAGCUCGUGCAGAGGCUCACCGGCUCUGGCACGGCGCCGUCGAUGCCGGCGCAGCAGGCCAUGCACGUGCCGCCGCCGGCUCAAGGUGCUGCGGCAGCUCACGGCGGGCGCAUGGAGGCUGCCGCAGCCGCGCCGGAGCAGUUUGACUACAACUCGUGGUUCUACACGCCGCUGCUCAGCCCCGCGUCCAUGGCCAUGCCGCCCGGCACGCACGGCCACCACGGUGCUUUGCUGUAGGACUCCCUCCUGAUCGAGAAGAUUCGUUGUCGCGAAUUGAAUUUCGAACUACAAAUGUUUUUUUUUCUUCAAAGGCUCAAGUUAUAAUUAGUCUGUAGUUGCCGUGAAUAAAUGAAAUAGUUUGCGAUGGAGAAAACAAGAAAUUAACUUGACAGACAGAUUCUCUGUUUCUUCGUACCCAAUGAUGGCACUAUGCCAGCUCAAAAAAAAAAUGAUGGCAGUAUGCUUUGCUUUGCUUUU